UUAUAUUGCAAGUCGAGGAGGGGGGUUGUGUGCAAAUCCGCUCCGGUGCGAAUCUAUUUGACCUGUGUCCGUGACCUUGCAUGGUGUCCGUGGCGAUAAAUAGGUGUGUUCUAGUGACCUUAAGGUGCGGAGAGGCGCGAAAGGCGUUAUGGAUACGGAAUUAAGGAAAUACUGGGGACAAAACACCAGACACAUAGGAGGAGUGUGUGUGCUUGGAGGACCUGAGCCACCUCCACCCCACCCCUUGGGCUUCCUGCCCCAGGAGGAGGAGGAGGAGGAGGAGGAGGAGGAGGAGACGCGGGUGCCCCCCGGGGGACGUGACAGCGGUGACGACGAGCCCCCCGUCCUGCACCCCCUGGCCCCCAAGCCCCACCCCACCUACCACCAGCCACACCAGUCCCCACAGCAGCCUCCAUCACCCGCCCCACACCAGGAGCACCUGCCCCAGGACUGCCUGCCCCGCCCCCACAAGACACUGCCCCCAGCCUCCCCUGUCCAGAAGGAGCGCGCCCCUCACAGGUCCCGCUCCCGCUCCCACUCCUGCUGCAGCACUGUGGCACUCAACAUAGCCACAGCAGGAGAGUUCCAGUACCCUUAUGAUGCAGCCAAGGGGACUGACGCCACCACCACCACCACCACCACCACCACCACCACCACAACAAGGGUUAUUCAAGUGGGGAACAUGCUUCAGGUGUUGCCCCAAGAUGCCUCAGCCCCGCAGCCCCACUCCGCCAUGAUAGUGCAGACAGGGAAUGUCAUACAGGAGGCCACGUCGGAGGUGCCUGUGGUGGGCUCGCCAGUUCCGGAGUACGAGGUGGAGGAGGAAGAGGAAGAGGAGGACGAGGAGGCACGGAUGAGGAAGAAGAAAAGAUCAUUAGCUGUAGCUCUCCCUCCAGCUGAUAAGGGGAUAUUAAUGAGGCCUUCCUACAGGUACUCUCCCAGCCGUGUCACAGCUGAUGAUGAUGAUGAUGAUGAUGAUGCCAUGCCCACCCCCAGCCUGAGCCACCCUCCACCCACCCCAGCCCUCACCAAGCCUCCUUCAGUACCCCUCCACACCACCACCACCACCACCAGCGACGCAACAGCCUCAUCUACCUCAGCCGGCCCACCCCCUGGCCCGACCCCCUCCCUGACAGUGGCCCCCCCACGGCAGGCAAGAAGAAGAAGGAGGAGAAAGUAUCAAUAAUCGUACAGAUUCGCGACGAGGAAUCCAGACUGAAACAGGCGCUGGGUUUAAAGAACAUAAUUUUCAACCCUUACGGUCCUGGCCUGGCCCCGAUUGCCAAGCUGCUGGACACCCCUGAGGAGCUGAAGCGUUUUGAGCCCAAGGGCUGCACCAUGAAGGUCCGGCCGGAGGAGAACGAGGCUCGGCUGAACAGAAACAAAGAACGGCGGCGCAGGGACAGGCCGGAGAGGGUCGACAGAAUGGACCGCCCCAGGGCAAAGGAGAGGGACAGACGCACGGACGCACAGGCCACGCAGGUCUGCUCCAUCCACCCACCCGUGCACAGAAAUGCUGGUAUCUCCACGUUGACAACUGGCCAGAGGAAGUAAGGACAGUACCUUGUGUCCCUGCCUCUGCUACCCCACCCCCUGCCCCGCCCCCUGCCCCAGCCCCCCGCACACAAGUCGGCCAAGUCCAAGUGGGACUCUGACACAGAAGAGCAAGUGGACGGACAGAAGUGAGGGGAGAGAGAGAGGAGGAAGAGAAGGAGGAGAGGAAGGAAAAUAAAAAUAUAAUCAAGAAUUUGGAGGAAGAGGAAGACCAGGAGGUACAGGUGAAGGAAGAGGAGGAAGAGGAAUAGACUAUCCCAGAGAAGAUGAAGGAAGAGGAGGAAGAGGAGGAGGAGGAGGAGGAGGAGGAGGAAGAGAAGGAAGAGUGAGGCAAAGGUCUUCCCCGAUUGUUUGACCGAAGAAUACGAAGCUUUCCUUAUGAUGGUGGAUGGAGGAGGAGGAGGAGGAGGAGGAGGAGGAGGAGGAGGAGGAGGAGGAGGAGAGAAGAAAGAGGAGGAAGAGGAAGAGGAGGAGGAGGAAGGAAGAUGCAAGAGAGAGGUCACAUCACUAUAUAAAGAAGAGGAGGAAGACUACAUGAAAAUUGAAGAAGAGGAGGAGGAAAGAAGAAGAAAGAGGAUGAGAGAGGAGGAGGAGGAAGAGGAAGAGGAGAAGAAAGAACAGAAGACCCUGGAGAAGAUGAAGAAGAAGAGGAAGAAGCAAAUGAAGGAGAAGAGGAGGCAGAAGAAACUGGAAAAGAAGGCAAAGAAGAAGAGGAAGGAGAAAGAGAGGAAGAGGGUCAAGAGGAGGAGGAAGAGCAGUGAUAGUUCAGUACAAAUGGAGGAGGAGGAGGAGGAGAGAAGACUUACAAGAGAUAAGAGGAA